AUGGAGCUACAAGGGGCCCAAGAGGACCUGGGCAUUUCCCUCUCUAGUCCCCAGAGGAACCAUGAAACCAGGCCAGGAAGCAAGGCUAAGGGCAGGAGCAGCAUCUAUCUCCAGGGGUCUGUUUGGACGGCUGGAGGAAAGCUGAGGCUCAGAGCAAGUGAACAUCUAACCCAGGGCCACCAACAAGAGCUCAGGGAUUGGAACCUAAGAGAAGAUGCUUCCCUUCUCUUCUCAAAGAGUCCUUUUGGGGCUGGCAAGUUGAUGCAAGCUCCAGCUCAUGUCUUCAGACAAUGCUUGGUCCAAGGAAACGCACGGAUCUCCUGCAUUACAAAGUUUGACUCCAAGAGAAGCCCAGAAGUGGCUUCCAGCCUCUCCUACCUGACCGUGCCCCGCCGUUCACCACUUCCUGUCUUCCUGUGACCGAGUGACAGAUGUGUCUGUGGGGGCUGCUACUUGGGAAAGUCUACCAGGAGGAGAGCAUGCCAAUCUCUCCUCUCAGAUCCUCUGGGGGUUCCUUUCCCCACCCAAACUAGGCCUUGAUGUCAAGGCCUAGUUACAGGGACAUCAAACUAGGAGGUUGAUGUCGGUGUGGUGUGGAAGAUGUUGGGGAGAAGCUGCAGGCCUAGUUAAGCUUCGUCUUGUGCUCCAACUUACCUGCCCCAGACUUCUUGGAUGAACAUUGUCAAUCUGGUCAUACUGACAGUGAAACUGCCACCUAGUGGUCACUGAGGUGUGCCUGCCUUUUCAUGAGCUCUCUUGCUGCUGGUUAUCGGAAACAUCAGUUGAUGGUUUUCUUCUAAACUAACUCAGAAGCUGUGAUGUGAAUCAGACCAAACAAUUUAUCUGCUUCAAAUCCAUAUUGUA